AAGAUGAAUGUAAUUUAGUUAAACUAGAAAAAGAGGCAACGUGGCUAGAAAACAACAGACAAGCUAGAAGUAAAUACUUAUUCGGGAAUCACCCUACAAGCCAACUUAGGGAAUUCAAUCCUGUAAUUUCAGCACUAUAUGGUAUUGAAAUAAGCUCUAUAACUCCAAAACUGAGCAGUAUAUCUGAAAUAGAUCAAAUAGUUAAUAUUGAUCUGACAAAACAAGAAAUAUUUAAUAAAUUAAGAGAAGAAAAGAAAGGUCACUUAUCGCCUAAAAAUCAGAAUUGA